GAUCGCACAAGUCGAGCACGUUUUCGGUUUGUGUAUGUUCCACGUGUGAUUGAAAUCAUGUAUAAAUAAUACGGAUUCUCAAGUUUAUUACUAUCGGCAAAAAUGUUGUCCAUAUAGUAUUUUGUUUAUGCUGUAAGUGUUGAAAAUUGUGAAUCCAUAUCGAUUACUUUUUAAUCUUAACCUCAAACCGCCAGAUGAGUGCACAGUUGAUUUGUGAUAGAGAGCAGUUAAGUUUUUGUAUUUAGUAAUAAACAAAACUUCAAGUUAAGAUAAAAAUGGGGCGCAAAGCAAAAUUUGAUGAAACAACUGGACAAGGUGUUCGGAGUGGACAUGGUAGGAAAGCUAAGAAACAGGGUGAUCCGAAGUUCCCGAAAGGUUUAAUAGAAAAGGAGACACAGAGUUUAAGUCAUCGACAAAAGCAGCGUAUGAAAAAAAGGCUUCAGAAAAAAGAGCAGUUAAAAGAAAAUAGGUUGAAAAAGAAGCUAUUAAAAAAAGAAAAGAAUGUAGAUGGAAAUAUUCCUGAAAAGAAACCAUUAUUAAAGAACAAAAAGUCAGAAGUACUUAAAACGGUUAAGAAAAGAAAAGCAGACAAACUUUCUGAAGACGUUGAAGAAUCCCUUCAGAAUAAACAAUGGAAAAAAGCUAAACUUUCCAAAAACGUUCCAUUUUCAUUAAGGAUUGAUAAAACUAAAAAAUCCUUUAAUCACUCUAAAGAUGAUUCAGAGGAUGAGGAAGCGUCAAUAGAAAGUGAAGAAGAACAGUGUAACGGUAAAAAAAUUGGUUCACUUUUAACCAUAAAAUCUAAAAAGAAAUCUCGUCAAAAUACCGCUAAAGAAGUCAUAUCAGAAAGUGAAAAUGAAGAAUCGCUUGAAAGUGAAGAUGAUUUACCUGAAGCCCGAAAACUGAAAAUAAAUUCAAAUCAAGAUAAAACGGUAAUGAAUAACUUUGAUACAUUCAGUGACAGUGAAAUUGACAGUGAUGAGCUUGAAAAAGAUUCUGAUGAAGAUGAAGAUGGAAAAGAUAAUGAAGAAAGUGAAGAUGAUUUACUUCCCAUUGAACAAGCUAAUAAAAAAUUGAAACGCAAACAGGAAAAGGAGAGAAAACUGAUAGAAGAUGAAAUGAAGGAUAGUGCUACAAAUGAAGAUUUUUUUUCAUUCCCUACUGAAGAGGAGCUUGAAAAUACGAGUAAUUUAAAAGAUGUGCAGCAACGAAUUCAUGACGUCAUUAUGGUUUUAUCAGAUUUUAAGAGGCUGCGUCAAAAACAUCGAUCGAGACCAGAGUACCUGGAAUUACUUAAAAAAGAUUUGUGCACAUACUUUAGUUACAACAACUUUCUCAUUGAAAAGUUAAUGCAAAUAUUUCCAUUGAACGAAUUACUUGAAUUUCUGGAAGCAAGUGAAGUUCAGAGACCAAUGACAAUUAGGACAAAUACACUGAAAACUCGUCGUCGAGACCUUGCACAGGCCUUGAUUAACCGAGGAGUGAAUCUAGAUCCAAUAGGAAAGUGGAACAAAGUGGGUCUAGUUGUAUAUUCUUCUCAAGUUCCCAUGGGUGCAACGCCUGAAUAUUUGGCUGGACAUUACAUGUUACAAGGAGCAUCUAGUUUUUUACCAGUAAUGGCACUAGAUCCUAAAGAAAAUGAAAGAAUCCUGGAUAUGUGUGCUGCACCCGGCGGAAAAUCCUCAUACAUAGCAGCACUUAUGAAAAACACCGGAGUACUCUUCUCAAAUGAUGUAAACCGAGACAGAAUAAAAGCAGUGGUUGGUAAUUUCCACCGUUUAGGAAUAGUUAAUUCUGUAAUUUGCAGUUACGAUGGAAGAAAAAUGCCUUUGGUCAUGAAAGGUUUUGACAGAGUUUUACUGGAUGCUCCAUGUACAGGCACUGGAGUGGUUGCCAAGGAUCCAAGUGUUAAAACUAAUAAAGAUGAAAUUGAUGUGCAACGUUGUUAUACAUUACAGCGAGAACUUCUUUUAGCUGCUAUUGACUGUGUGAACGCACGUUCAGAUACUGGCGGCAUUAUAGUUUAUUCCACUUGUUCAAUUUUACCAGAAGAAAAUGAAGUAAUAAUUGAUUACGCUUUGAAGAAACGAGAUGUAAAAUUAGUACCGACAGGUUUGGAAUUUGGAGUCGAGGGCUUCACUAACUACAGGCAGUAUAGAUUUCAUCCAACCCUAAAAUUGACAAAACGUUUUUACCCGCAUGUGCAUAAUAUGGACGGUUUCUUUGUUGCAAAAUUAAAAAAAUUUUCCAACAUUAUACCGAAACAAUAAAAUGCGAAUAAGAC